AUGGAGUUCGACACGGAAGACUACUUCAACGAGGACCAGAGAGAUGUCCAUGUCUGGUGCUCUAGGGUAGAUAUUGACUGCAUGCUGAAGCUUGUCGCUGUUAAUGUUUUCUAUCAGUGGUUGGCCAUGAUCAUUAACCUCAACCGGAGUUCGCAGUUUGAUACACUAGUUCUUGUGCCAUGCAAGGAUCCCAGGCUGUUGUCCAGGACUAAUCACCGUUCAUUCUUUUCUUCUCCAUCUGUAGAUCAGCAUCUUCCUCAGGAUUCCACCGCGCUACUCAAUCCUGGUCAUUAUGCACCCUACAAGUUAUCUGACGACAAUCUGAUCCCUGUGAGCAUCGAACUGCACAAAUUACUCUGUUCUUCAAAGCACGAGCAGCGUAGAGGCCCCUUAAAACCUGCAUCCAGCGCAAGUCCAAGUCCCAAGAAUGACUCAGAACGUCGUAGUAACAAGACACGUAAAACAGUACGAUGCCGAGACAAGAGAUGUGUUGUCACCGGCGAAGAAGCUCUUCGACGUAAUCGUGGCUAUAACUUCACUGGGCUAGAGGUGGCCCAUAUUUUCCCUCUAGCUUUCACAGGAGACGCUACUGCUAUGGCAGCAAUGCCACAUGAUGUGGCAGAACAGUUGAAAGAUUAUAAAUCUGCAGAUAAACCGGAGAAUGCAAUGCUUCUGAGGGCAGAUGUCCACAAGCUGUUUGACAAUUAUCAGUUCGGCAUAUGGCCUACAGAUGGAACAUUGUACCGGUUUGAGAGGUCCGGUGCUCCUGUCAUUGGACGACUUCCCAGUGACGACGUCUCUCAAGAGUUGGCCGUUCUGAAAGCGCAUGGUAUAUCCAGCCAGUUCUUUAUUGAACAUUUCCGUGUCUGUCUUUCGUGGCACGUCAGGGGUCAUGGCAGACGCAGAGGUGCCGACGAUCUGCUGGAAUUGUAG